AUGGGGAAGUCCUUCGUCAAGUUUCUGCGGCUUGUGGUGAGGAACGAUGCUAUGCGAGAUGACCCACCUCAAAUAUAUGGAUGGAGAGUCUUCGCGUUAGUGUGCGCAUUUGUCUCAACGCUCCAAGUAGGCUGCUUCGUGGCGUCACUCGUGGCUAGUCCCUGUGCCGACAAAUUCGGGCGACGAUGGUCAUUGAUAGUAUCGGCGAGCAUCACCUGCGUUGGCGUUGCACUACAGGCCAUACCGACUCGCAGCCUUCCAUUUAUGUACACCGGACGGCUGGUCGCCGGGUUUGGAGUUGGGGCCGCCUCGAUGUUGACCCCCUUAUAUGUCUCCGAGUGUGCGCCAAGAGCGAUUCGAGGAGCCUUGACUGGGUUCUACCAGCUGUUCAUCGUAAAUGGGGGUAUGCUCUCAUUUUGGGUCAACUUCGCUAGUGGAUAUCAUUGGCAAGACAGAUACGCGUACAUCAUUCCACUUAGCCUCCAGGCAGUCCCUGCCAUCUUGAUGGUUACUGGUAUGCUUUGGUGUCCAGAAAGUCCACGAUGGACGGCAAGACAAAAUGACUGGGAGAGAACAAGUGACAUAUUGUGUACCAUCACUAGUUUGCCCCCGGAUCACGACUACGUCGAGAACGAACUCCACGAAAUGGCCGAACAACUUGAGAUCGAGCGCCGUCUCGUCGGUGAUGCCACUGCAUGGACUCUAAUGAAGGAAAUGUGGUUCAUCCCUGGCAACCGCAAGCGAGCGCUGAUCUCCAUCGGGCUCAUGAUCUGCCAGCAGAUGACGGGCACCAAUGCUAUUAACUACUACGCACCUCAGAUCUUCCAGGCAAUGGGAAUCGGCGGCACCGAUAACCCCCUCUUCGCCACGGGCGUCUACGGCAUCGUCAAGGUGGUGGCUUGCCUAGCGUUCCUAAUAUUUGCCGCCGACUCGCUGGGGAGAAGAAAGAGCUUGUUAUGGACGAGCAUUGCGCAGGCGAUAUGCAUGUUUAUUAUUGGCGUAUAUGUCUACAAGAAUCCUCCCACUGAAGAUGCACCGAUCCCCCCUUUUGGAUACGUUGCGCUUGUUUGUAUAUUUUUGUUUGCGGCCUUCUUCCAGUUCGGUUGGGGGCCUUGCUGUUGGAUAUACGUGAGCGAGAUCCCCAGUGCAAGAUUGCGAGCAAUGAAUGUUGCGCAAGCCGCCGCAACCCAAUGGUUGUUCAACUUUGUGGUAGCAAGAAGUAAGUUCACGCAUACUUCCUCCCUGGAAACACUGGCACUAAGAAUCUGUCAAGCCGUACCGACAAUGAUGAGGAACAUGGGCUACGCAGGCUACGGUACCUAUUUCCUCUUCGGCUCCUUCUGCGCCGCCAUGUUCUUCUUCGCCUUCUUCCUCGUCCCAGAGACCAAAGGUAUGAGUCUAGAAAAAAUGGACGAGCUGUUCGGCAUCACGGAUAUGCUGAGGGUGCUCAACGACAUGGAGCGCAGGCAGCCGUACGACCACCGCGAGACGCGCGAGUUGGAUGACGCGGACGUGGAGAAAAAGUGGGAGAGGUUUUCUGGCUAACGAUCGGGCGGAGGCUUUACAUUGUUUUGGUUCUAUUGGUGCAUGUUCCAUAUCUGGCGUAUACAAGUGGGGGUUUGUGAUCUGGGUCUGGGGAAAAGCCAAGGAGCGGCUAGUAGGUGACGUAGUCUGUGUUGUUCCCACUUUUGGGUAGAAGAACUCGAAAUACAUGAUUCUGAGAAAGAAUGUGCUCGGUAUGUGAAAAUAUGACUCGAGACAUUUCUUAGUCGCCAGCAAAGAGCAAGGUGAGAUAGCUGAGCAUAACCCCCUGAGUGACUCACUUCCCGGGAUAGAGUGUGCAAUCGAUAACUGCUCUACAUACACCGGCCUCAUGUAGUUGAUUGCUGGGCAUCAGUAACAACCACUACGAGAAGCUAGUGCGA